GUACUGCAAGGCCUUCUGGGAGUCUGAGUCCUGUGUGUUUGCAGGUUGAUUGGCUGACGGAGAAGAUGAGGGAGGCGAACUUCACCGUUUCCUCGAUGCAUGGAGACAUGCCUCAGAAAGAGAGAGAGUCCAUCAUGAAGGAGUUCAGAUCAGGAGCCAGUCGGGUCCUGAUCUCCACAGAUGUCUGGGCUCGAGGUCUGGACGUUCCUCAGGUUUCUCUCAUCAUCAACUACGACCUGCCCAACAACAGAGAGCUCUACAUCCACAGGAUCGGUCGUUCAGGUCGUUACGGGCGAAAAGGUGUCGCCAUCAACUUCGUGAAGAACGACGACAUCCGGAUCCUUCGAGACAUCGAGCAGUAUUACAGCACGCAGAUCGACGAGAUGCCCAUGAACGUGGCCGACCUGAUCUAAUUGGACGAUGACACCGAAGCCUCGCCCCCUGACUUCCUGUUAUUUCCCGCCUGUUUUGUUUUUUAACUAGUUUUAGAGAUCGUCUUUAUUUGACCGUCGAGGUGAAGCAACUUGUUUUGUAAAUAAAGUUUUGAUUCCACGUCA